ACCCUAUCCGCACACGUGCAGAGACAGGGAAGUUUAACGUGUGUGUCCUGUGCGAAUUCGGAGGCGUUGUCAAGACCAUAAUAUAAUUUUGGUUGAAGAGUUGUUUAAAAACUAAGAAUUCGAUUUGUAAGGCCUUCCUUCAGGCAUCAUGUUUGCUGACGAGGAGUGGAACGAUGACUUCACUGCGCAGAUGCUGACACAGACCAUGUCCCAGCAAGAUGGGAAGUUGCGCACCAAGAUGACAUCUGUUCCAAAAGAGGGACUGGCUAGGAAGAAGAGUCUCCUGCGGACACUGCAGGCUCUUGGCUCGGUCCUGGACUGGAACACAGCACCAGGUUUGGGUUCAGCUGACAGUGAGGCAGAGGAGACCCCCCAGACAGCCACCAAGAAGAGGAGGAGAAAGAAGGUCUGCAAACAUGCAGGGAGUGCAGAGCAGGGAUGCUCUAGCGACAACCUCCAGGAGAAAGAGGGGGCUGGUGGUUCAGUGGAGAGGAAGCAAAAGAAAAUAAAGAGUAACGGUAAAACAGGGCAACAGGCUGGGGAGAAGAGACUUCUGGAAACAAUUGAUAAAGAUAGGUGCUCAAUAAUUGAAGAUUUGCAGCCUUUCAAGAAACAAGAGAAGAAGAGUGAGGAGAUUAGAUUGCAUCGUAAGCAAUGGAAGAACAAGUUAAAGAACAAAAGAAAGAAUAAAAACAAAUAUAAACAAAAUGGACAGAUAAGCCAAACCCCGGCUGCUACAAGGAGCACAGAUACACUAGUAAGUUAUAAGCACAGCAAUGAGGGAGAAACAAGCAAUAAACUCUUAGAUUUAGAAAGCAGAAAUGGGCAACAGAAUAAAUGCCUAGGGCAAAACAAAAACCAGAAGGAAGUGUACACUGGGAAGAGGGAUUUCAAUGUGAAGGAGAAAAACAGCAGGCAUUCGACAGUUAAAAAGGCAACAGACAAAGGGAUGAUUUUGAAAGGAAAAACAGUUGAACCCCAAAUCCAGCAGGUUGAAAACUGGGAUUCAAACAGAACCAAGGCUGCAACAGAGAAACCUCAGAUACAUGCAAAAACUGUGACUGAUUGUGUGGAAGAGAAGACUUCAAGCUAUAGAAAAAAGCAGGUCAUAAACAGGCAGAGAGAAAAAUUACGUCAGGUUCUGGGGUCCCAGGCCACAGAGUCUGACAUGAGACCGUUAGAGCAGGAGGAGGCAGAAGGCACAGGGAUAGACAAGUCUCAGGCUUGUGCAGAGGAAGAAAAGAGCCCCCCUGCCCCCCUGCCAGACCGCUCCGCUGCCCUGCGAGCUAGAAUGGAGCAGCGAUUAGAAUCAGCACGGUUCCGCUACAUCAAUGAGCAGCUCUACACUUCCUCCAGCCAGGAGGCUUGCAAGCUGUUCCACGAGGACCACACAUCCUUCGAGAUCUACCAUCGUGGCUUCACUGCACAAGUGGCGCGUUGGCCGCACAAUCCAGUUGACUCAAUCAUCAGCUACAUCCGCAGCAAGCCCCCCUCUCUGGUAGUAGCAGAUUUUGGCUGUGGUGACUGUAAGAUUGCACGCAGCGUAAAGAACAAAGUAUAUUCCUUCGACCUGGCGCCUGUCAACAACCUUGUCACUGUCAGUGAUAUGGCCAACGUCCCUCUUCCUGAUGGCUCAGUGGAUAUAGCCGUGUUCUGUCUUUCUCUGAUGGGGACCAACCUGUAUGAUUUCCUGGUGGAGGCAAACCGAGUCCUGGUGGCGAGGGGUUUGCUGAAGAUUGCUGAGGUAGCCAGCAGGUUUGAGAAUGUUCGCAACUUCAUCAGCGCUCUGGCAUCAUUGGGGUUCAAGCUAGUUAGUAAGGACACAGAAAACAGUCACUUCUACACCUUUGAGUUCAUCAAGGCCGGGAGCCCUCGAGGGACAGGCAGGCAGACUGGGCUGGAUCUAAAGCCCUGCGUCUACAAGAAGCGCUGAGGAAAGGAAAGCCAGAUAAAUCGGUGAUAGCAAACCACAAACAUGGAGUUAGGAGAGGAGCAUGUGGACAACAAGCAGCAAACUGUGUUUGCAGGGGAGCAUGUGAGAAAGCCUGUUCUAAAUCUGAAAGCGAAAGCAGACUAUCAGCAAAAAAAAAAAACAUACAAAUAAAAUAGAGGGGGAGGGGGGGUUAU